AGCCGUUUCGGCUCUGCACCCCUCCCGCCCGCGCGCCCCUUCUGUGGUGCCAUGGCGGACGUCUCGAACCGGGACGAGGCGGAGAGGUGCAAGGAGAUCGCGCGCAGCGCGCUGGCCGCUGGCGACGCCGAGAAGGCGGUGAGGGUCCUGCAGAAGGCAAAGCGGAUGUGCCCGAGCGAUGCCUCCAUCGACGGCCUGAUCGCCCAGGUCCAGUCGGGUGGCUCCACCGGCUCCAGCGCAGCCGGCUGCCGCGGAGGCGACGCCCACGGCGCAGCCGCACCCGAGGGGAUGCGGCAGCGCCCUGGGGCUGCCGGUGCAGCUAGCGCCGUUCGCUCUGGGAAGGACGGUGCCUACACGGCCGACCAGGCGCGCCUCGUUCAGCGAAUCUUGCGGACGAAGGACUAUCCUGCCGUCCUGGAGGUCGACCGGGGCGCCAGCGAGGACGCCGUCAAGAGGGCCUACAAGAAGCUCGCCCUGAAGCUCCACCCCGACAAGAACAGCGCUCCGGGCGCCGAGGAGGCCUUCAAGAAGCUGUCCAAGGUGGUGCAGUGCCUCACGGAUGCCGAAAAGAGGGAGAUGUACGGGAGAUAUGGGGACGAGGACAGGAUUCCCCAGCAGCACCGCCGCCAUUACGAACAGGACUUCAUGGGCCCGGAGGACCUGUUCAACGCCUUCUUCGGCGGCGGCUUGGCCCCGCAGCGGCGCGGGGGGCAAGCCGGCGGGCAGGGCGGCGGCGGACUUCAGCAGGGCGCGCUCUUUCAGGCCAUAUGCAUGGUCGUGGUCAUCCUGACCAUGAGCUCCGGUCUGGUGGGGCGCGACAACUCGGCCAGGAGAUUUUCAGUCUCGCGAUCUGGCCAGUACCGCGUGGAACGGGUGACCGACACCCUGGACGUGACCUACUUCGUCACGGACGCCUGGGAGGAGCUCCACCCGGACGGCACGGCCGCGCAGGCCGAGUUCGAGAACCUCGUGUUGGUGAACCACAUCAG